GGUUUUUCUUUCGUCUUUCCCGUUUCCUGUCGCAAUUCUCUUCCGCCCUCUCGAUCCCUCUGGCUCCAAAUGCCGUAGCGGAAUUUCUCUUCUUUGGCAGUGGAAUCGAUCGCCUCGCAUGCAAUCGCAGCGUCGCGGGAUGCUUUCUUGGAUCGAGGGGCGGGAAUGCGGUUGCGAGGCGAGCUGCCGCUAGGAAUCGCGAGAUUUCGCCUCUUGAUCGAGCAGUCUUGGAAUCUUUCCGAUUCUUGAGGGGAAAUGGGGGCCGUGAGCGCCGAGUAUCUCAAUUCCUCGCCAGUGCGGCCAGUCUUGGACGAUCUCAAGAGCUUUGGCGUGCCGGAGAAGAAGCUCUCAUCCAUGAACAUCGACGAGCUGCUGGUGGCGGCAACGGGCGAGGAGGAGUCGCAGCCCUCGCUCCCCUCCUCGUCCGAGCAGGAGGAAGAGGAGAAUCCCUCCUCGUCCGAGAUCAAGCUCUCGGUGGAGGAGGUCUGGAGGGAAAUCCAAGAGGGUAAGCUCACGAGCACAGCGGCAGCGUCGUCCACGGGAGCGCCGGAGUCCGGCAUCGCUCCACAGCGCACGCUGGGGGAGAUGACGCUGGAGGAAUUCCUCGUCAAAUCGGGGGUGGCCGACAGCGCUCCCACGGGGAUUGUAUCGACGUUCCCAGACUUGGGGCCUGCUCCUCACAAGCGCGAGAGGGAUGAUCUGGAACUAGCUUACAUGCAGGGAAUGGAUCCCAGCGCCGCCAAUUCCAGCUCCAAAAGAUUGCGAGCUUUCGUUACCAAGAUCGAGGAAUGCUGUAUGGUUCCAAGCGGUGGCCAGGUCCUUUCCUACGGAGACGCCUUCCACAAGCCGGACGAGUACGUGGACAAAGUUGCCGAGCGAAGGCAGCGGAGGAUGAUAAAGAACCGAGAGUCGGCUGCGCGUUCCAGGGCCAGGAAACAGGCUUACACAGCAGAGCUUGAAGCAGAGGUAACGCUGCUCAAAGAAGAGAAUGACAAGCUCAAGAGGCAACAGGCCGAGGAUGCGAGGUACAGGGCCAAGGUGAUAGACAUGCUGACGGUGCUGAAACGUUCCAAGAAAAACGCCAAGGCCAGGCGAGUGGAGCUGAGGAGGGUGAACUCGUUCUAAAUGUAAGUCGAGGAUGUCCAAAAAAUUUUGAUAGCAUAGGCUAGUAGCAGUGAAGAGAAAAAAAAAAGUGAGUGCUUGUGAAGCAGCGUUUUUCCUCUUUUUUUUCUUUUUUAUUUAGAAUUUGUACACAGUUUACGUCGA